GGUUUACCCAUCACUAAAAUACACAUUUGUCGAAAUUUUACGAUUAAUAAUAAUAUUUUCGGGAAAUGGAUAUUUGUGGUAAUGUUUUGGUCUCAAAAGAUGUCCUCAAAUUUGCAUUAAAAUGUUUAUACUGUGAAAAAGAUAUACAAGAAUGGGAAGCCUUUGUUAGUCAUAUUCAAAGCUUACAUUAUACAGGCUAUGAAGAACCUCUUAUUGAUCCAAUCGCGCAACUAGAUUUCAAAGAGAACAUCGCUUUCGAAUGGGUAAAGGAAGAAGAAGCAAAUCCCACUACAAGCGGACAAUGGGAAGAGAAUGUAAAUGGCUUAAAAAUGGAAAUACCAUCCGACGAAGAAUGUUUGAAGGAGGAGCCAACAGAAGACCCGGUUUCGGAUAAUGGCAAAGUAUCAGAAUACGACGAUAAAGAGGACAGCUCCGACUCAAAUUCUUCAAAUGAACAUACUAUAAGAAAUAAAAAGCCUCCCAAAAAGUUUAAGCCAUCUUUUUAUAGAAGCAACAAGAAUACCUCGGUGUUUAUUGAAAUAUUUGAAAAGGCUCCAUGUUUAUGGGAUCCUUAUGAUGAUGACUAUAAUAAUAGCACAGUGCGUUCUAAUAGUAAAAAUGAAAUAAUAAAGCAGAUGAGAAAAAGAUGCCAAGUUACAUUAACCAAUAAAAAACUGUGGGAAAGCCUUCGUGAAUUAUAUUCCCUUUAUAAGACAACGGCGUUAGCUGUAGAGAAAAAGUCAGAUUCAAAAUCGAAAAAACUUUCGGCAGUAGUUUUGGGUUAUUUUGAAAAGUGUUCUUUUCUUUCUGCUGCAAAGGACGACUUCUUGGACAUUCUUGAAGAUACGCCAAAUACAACUACGAAUUUAAGUUUUGCAUCACUGAAUACUACAACGAUUGCAUUUAUCGACACAUAUGCACGCUUUCCAGGGCUUUAUGAUACUAAACAUGCGGACUUCACGUAUGUGGUUUUACGUAAACAAAGGUAUAAAGAAAUGGCAGACAUUCUAAAACUCGAACACAAGGUAGAAUUUACCGAUGAAGAGAUUUACAAGGGUAUAGAUUACCUGCGCCAUUGGUAUUUUAAGCUGAAAAGCCGUUUAGCAAAGAAUUUGAAGUUGAAAGAUUUAUCGAGCGCAGCGCAAUUUUAUGUGGAAAAAUGUAGUUUUCUUCCAGAUAGAUCUCGCAGAGAAAAAAUUAGAUGUACAGAGUGCGAUAAAUGCUUCCAAACUAACGCUAUGAAACAGGUUCACCUUUUCAAGGAACACAAUAUUGGUGAUUUGCCCUACAAGUGUACGGACUGUAACAAAUCAUUUAGCUCAAAUGCAGCAUUAACAGGUCAUCAGCGACGUAAUCAUAUGGAGAAAGUGCAUAAAUGUGAAUUCUGUGAAAGGAAAUUUGCUGUAAUACCAGAUUUGAAACAUCACAUGGAGAUACAUACUGGCCACAAGCCCUUCGUAUGUGAAUUAUGUGGGAAAGCGUUUCGCACUCGAACAAAGUUAGGAUUCCAUUCGAAUGCAAUACAUUUAAAGCUACGAGCAUUCAAGUGUUCCAUGUGUCCUAAAGAUUUCCUGAAAAGUCGCGAUCUAAAGGACCACAUUAAGUCUCAUCUUAAUAUUCGGGAUAAGAUAUGUGAAACAUGUGGUAAGGGAUUUACAAACUCCCACGCACUACUGCGACACAGGCAAUUACAUGCAGAAGUUAAAAAGUAUGCCUGCAAAUUUUGUGAAAAAAGAUUUUAUCAAUUUGUAGGUAUGAAUUCGCAUAUGAAGCACAGGCACGGUUACUACCCUCAAAAGAAAUUUGAAAAGAAAACAGAAAGUACGAAGUUGGCUACAAAUAUUGAAAAGGAAACGGAAUGCACAGAAUUAUCUAAACCUGUUGAGCAGAAAAUAGAAAACACGUCGUCUACUUCAAAUAAUGACUAAGGUUUGCCUGUAUAUUUAUAAUUUAUUUAAAUCAUGAGCCUAGUUAUAAUUGUUUCAACAUAAUGAAUUUCAUAUACAUACCCAGUAAUUUGAUUCCAUUUUAAUAAAGAAAUAUACUUAGCACUACUUGA